GUCGGUUGAAUGGUGUCUUUGGUACAGGUGCACUAUUUUAUCCCUCAAAUUUCAUUGGAGAGGAAGAUCGACGAUAUCAACGAAUUUAUUGGGGUCAAAACUGGAUGGAUUAUAUAACACCAAGUGCAAGACAUGCUACUAGUUUAUUGCUUUCAGCAUACUGAAAUGAUACGACAGAAGAAAGACAAUUAAAAGUUAAAAAAAAAAAUUAGGAUACAGCCAGAUAUAAACUAAGUUAUUUCGAUAAAUAAUUGAUGAUGUUGGUGAUGAAAAAUUCCCGGAAUAUUUACUAAU